AUGCCCAAGGCUCUCUUCCCCUGCCUCUUCUGCCUCAGCCUCUACCUUUUGGAGGGGAUAGCCUUCAAUUUAGACGUGACCGAAACCAUCCUCAAGUACGGAGACAACGGCAGCUUUUUUGGCUUCUCGGUGGCUUUGCACCAGCAGCUCAGCCCGCAGCUUCUCAGCUGGCUCUUGGUGGGAGCGCCACAGGCAGCUGCUUUGCCAGGUCAAAAGGCCAACAGGACUGGCGGGUUGUUCGCCUGCCCCCUGACCCAUGAGAUCAAUGACUGCAAGCGUGUGGCCAUCGACGAGGGAGUUGACCUGAAGAAGGAAAGCAAGGAGAACCAGUGGCUGGGAGUGAGCGUCAAGAGCCAGGGUCCUGGCGGCAAGAUCGUGACCUGUGCCCACUUGUAUGAAGCACGUAACCGAGUGAAUGAAUCCCUGGAAACGAGGGACGUCAUAGGCCGAUGCUAUGUACUCAGCGAGGGACUGAAGGUGUCUGAUGAGCUGGAUGGCGGAGAGUGGAAAUUCUGCGAAGGGCGGCCACAGGGGCAUGAUCGCUUCGGUUUCUGUCAGCAGGGGGUGGCAGCUGGUUUCACUGCAGACAGGCACUACAUCCUCUUUGGGGCACCUGGCACCUACAACUGGAAAGGAACCUUACGGGCAGAACUGAGUGGCUUGGAUCUGAGUCACUACGACGACGGGCCAUAUGAAGCCGGGGGAGAAAAGGACCAGGACCCCUCACUCAUCCCCUUGCCAGCCAACAGCUACCUUGGCUUUUCUCUUGACUCAGGAGUAGGAAUCAUCAAGAAGAAUGGCUUGAGUUUUGUAACAGGGGCACCACGGGCCAACCACACUGGGGCAGUGGUCAUCUUGCAACGAGACAAUGUCAACCGGCUGGUACCCGAGUUCAUCCUUUGGGGGGAAAAGCUCACCUCUUCCUUUGGCUAUUCCCUGGCUGUGGUGGACCUCAAUAGUGAUGGCUGGAUGGAGUUGGUGGUCGGGGCACCAAACUACUUUGAUCGCAAGGAAGGAAUUGGAGGCGCAGUCUAUGUAUACAUCAACCAGGCAGGAAACUGGGAUAAUGUCCACCCCAUCCGUCUCAAUGGCUCGUAUGACUCCAUGUUCGGUAUCACUGUGGGCGCUGUUGGUGACCUCAACCAGGAUAGCUUCCAAGACUUUGCAGUCGGAGCCCCAUUGGAUGGUGAUGGCAAGGUCUAUAUCUAUCAUGGCAGUAAUUCAGGGUUUGCCAUCAAACCUGCUCAGAUACUGACGGGGGAGAGUGUAGGCAUCAAGAUGUUUGGGUAUUCCUUUUCUGGAGGGUUGGAUAUCGAUGGCAACCUUUACCCAGAUCUGCUGGUGGGAUCCCUCUCUGAUACCAUAGUGCUGUACAGGACCCGGCCUGUCAUCCACAUCUCCAGAACUGUCACCAUCUCACCACAGAAUGUUGACCUGGAGAAUAUGAACUGCCGCUACCAAGUAGGCAUUUGUAUGGAUGUGAAAGUCUGCUUCAGCUACACAGCCAACCCCCCAAGCUACAGCCCUCCCAUCAUGCUCGAAUACACUUUUGAUGCCGAUACCACCCGGCGGCAAUUGGGCCAAAUGUCCAGAGUCACCUUCCUGGGCAGGAAGAUCACAGACCCUGAGCAUCAAUACUCUGGCGUAGUGGAACUACCAACUCAGAAUGCCCGAGUCUGCGUCAAGGCUACGCUGCAGCUCAAGGACAAAAUCCGCGACAAGCUACGUCCCAUUGUAGUGGUGGUGAGCUACAACAUCAAGCAUCCCCGCAUCAAGCGCCAGGCCCAAGGUGCCACUCUGGGCCCGCUUAUGCCAGUGAUGAAUCCCACGCCACCCCGCACUCAGAAAACAGAGGUGAAUUUCCUAAAGCAAGGAUGUGGCGAAGACAAGAUCUGUCAGAGUAACCUGCAGCUGAGCUACCGGUUCUGUUCUCGUAUUGAUGAUGCUACAUUCCAACCCCUGCCCAGGGACCCUGAUGGCUUGGAUAAAUUUUCCAUGAGUGACCAAAAAGUCAUAGCCCUUGAGAUCCACAUCACCAACUAUCCCUCGGAUGCAGCAGAGCCUCAGCGGGAUGGUGAUGAUGCCCACGAAGCCAUGCUGCUUGUUGUCCUGCCACCUACCUUGCCUUAUUCUGCUUUACGCCCCUACAAUGCUACGGAGAAGGCUCCAUCCUGUAUUGUGUCUAACCAGAAUGCCUCCCUUGUGGAAUGUGAGCUUGGGAACCCCCUGAAACGUGGAGCACAGAUUCGGUUCUAUCUGGUUCUGGGUACCUCUGGCAUUACCUUGGAGACCACCGAGCUGGAAGUGCAGCUACAGCUGAGCACGAUCUCGGAGCAGCCUGGGCUGGACCCCGUGACGGCACGAGCCCUUGUGGUCAUGGAGCUCCCUCUCUCUAUCGCUGGGUUCGCUGAGCCGCAGCAGCUCUUCUUCAGUGGGCAGGUGCGGGGUGAGAGUGCCAUGAAGCAGGAGAGUGAGGUGGGCAGCCCUGUGCGCUACAAAGUGACGGUCUCCAACAGAGGCCAGUCGCUGAACACGCUGGGCUCCGCCUUCCUCAACAUCCUGUGGCCCCAUGAAAUCGCUAACGGGAAGUGGCUCCUCUACCCACUCCAAAUGGAGCUGGAAAUGUCGACUCAGCCGCAGAGACGUACAGUCUGCAGCCCGGCUUCAAACACACUACGCCUAGCUCUGGAGCCACCUCACCAACAGGGCAGGAAGAAGCGAGAGGCUGACCAGGCAGGCACCCCCAGUCAGAAGCUGACGUAUUGGGAGCGGCGAAAAAAUGUCACCCUGGACUGUGAUUUGGGCACUGCUCGCUGUCAGCACUUCCAGUGUCCUCUCUACAGCUUUGACCGCUCGGCUGUGCUCACCAUCUGGGGCCGCCUCUGGAACAGCACCUUUUUGGAAGAGUACUCAGCAGUGACAUCGGUGGAAGUGAUUGUGCGGGCCAGCAUCACAGUGAAAUCCACCAUCCGCAACCUGUUUCUGAAGGAUUCCACAACACAGAUCCCAGUGACUGUCUACCUGGACCCGAGCGUGGCCGUGGCACGGGGUGUGCCAUGGUGGAUCAUCCUCAUUGCUAUUCUUGCUGGGAUCCUUGUGCUGGGCCUUCUGGUUUCCAUCCUAUGGAAGCUGGGCUUUUUCAAGCGUACCCGCUAUGAAGAAGCCAAGGUACCACAGUAUCAUGCAGUCAAGAUCCCCCGGCAGGAGCGCCAGCUUUUCCGUGAGGAGAAGACGGGCACCAUCACCAAGAAGGACUGGAUUACCAAUUGGAAUGGGGACAGUGACGGCCAUGUUCCUGCCUCUGCCUAGAUGCGUCCACAUUUCAGCCUCCUAUGGCAAGCCGCUGACUGGUAUGAAGUGGCUACCAGAGGAAUGGCUCUGGUGGCACCGGCCUGCUCUCCUCUCUGGAAGAUCUGUGAACACUGGACUGACCCGGGGGAGAUUGUCAGCAGAGAAUUCAGGGAGAAGUGUGCUUUAGCACUUACGGUAACAGAUUCUACAAGGCCAAAGAUUCUUAGGGUUUAUCCUGGCCCUCUUUUUUUUUCUUGUAAAGCUGGAUAGAACCUGGCGUGAGAAA